GCCAUUAUAGCCUUUACGGGAAUCUAGUCGCUGUCUUCGCAUCGCUUUAGUCCUGUGCUAAGCAGAUACGGUGCAGUUUUGUGGUCUAUCCCGAUGACGGAGUUUCGUCCUGACUGACACUGGGAGAUGGGGGUUUUAAACAUUUCAGACCAGCCUCCUCUGGUCCAGGCAAUAUUUAAUAGGAACGCAGAUGAAGUUCAGUUGUUUUUGCACAAGAAAGAUGAAGUCAAUGCACUGGACCAGGAGCGACGCACACCUCUACAUGCUGCUGCUUGGCUGGGGGAUGUCCACAUAAUGGACCUCCUCAUCACUGCAGGCGCAAAUAUUAACGCAAAGGACCACGUGUGGCUGACGCCAUUACACAGAGCAGCCGCUUCAAGGAACGAGAAGGCAGUGGGGCUGCUGCUUCGGAAAGGCGCUGACAUCACAGCGAGGGACAAGUUGUGGCAGACGGCUCUGCACGUUGCUGCGGCCAACCGGGCCACGCGCUGUGCUGAAGCCCUCCUCCCCCACGUCAGCGCCCUGAACGCGGCCGAUCGCACGGGCCGCACUGCACUGCACCACGCUGCCCAGAGCGGCUGCCAGGAGAUGGUUAAAUUACUGAUGAACAGGGGAGCCAGUUUGAUUGCCAGUGAUAAGAAGGAGCGACAGCCUGUCCACUGGGCAGCCUACCUAGGUCACCUGGAGGUGGUGAAGCUGUUGAUGGCACAUGGUUCAGACAAGACCUGUAAGGAUAAGCAAGGCUACACUCCUCUGCACGCUGCUGCCUCCAGUGGCCAUGUGGAUGUGGUCAAGUACCUGCUGCGCAACGGAGCAGAGAUUGAUGAGCCCAAUGCCUUUGGCAACACUGCUCUGCAUGUCGCUUGCUACAUGGGGCAGGAGGCAGUAGCCAAUGAGCUGGUGAACCGCGGCGCUAACGUCAACCAGCCCAACCACCGCGGCUACACACCACUGCACCUGGCCGCUGUCUCCACCAAUGGCGCACUCUGUCUCGAGCUGCUCGUCAACAAUGGUGCAGACGUCAACAUGCAGAGCAGAGAAGGCAAGAGCCCUCUCCACAUGGCUGCUAUCCACGGGCGCUUCACGCGCUCCCAGAUCCUUAUUCAGAAUGGUGGGGAGAUAGACUGUGUAGACAGAUAUGGCAAUACCCCUCUUCAUGUUGCUGCUAAGUAUGGUCAUGAGCUGCUCAUUAGCACCUUAAUGACAAACGGUGCUGACACAGCCAGGCAAGGGAUCCACGGCAUGUUUCCGCUGCACCUCGCCGUUCUCCAUGGCUUCUCGGACUGUUGCCGCAAGCUCCUCUCCUCAGGUCAGCUGUACAGCAUCGUGCUCUCCAUGAGUAAAGAGCAUGUGCUCUCAGCCGGCUUCGACAUCAACACUCCGGACGACUUUGGGAGGACCUGUCUGCAUGCUGCUGCCUCUGGAGGAAACACUGAAUGUCUCAACCUGCUCUUGAGUAGUGGUGCUGACAUGAAUAAAAAAGACAGGUUUGGAAGGACCCCUUUGCACUAUGCAGCUGCUAACAGGAGGUACCAGUGUGUGGUGGUUCUGGUGGGAGCGGGGUCAGAGGUCAACGAGCCUGACCGCUCAGGGUGCACUCCUCUCCACUAUGCGGCUGCUUCCACAGCUUUCUGCAGGUUGGAAAGAGCACAGCAGAACCCAGAGGAUGGAGAAAAGGAGUCCUUUAUGUGUGUGGAGUACUUGCUGGAUAAUGGCGCAGACCCAUGCCUACACAACUCUAAAGGCUACAGUGCUGUCCACUAUGCAGCUGCCCAUGGCAACAAGCAGAGCCUGGAGCUGCUCUUGGUGAUGUCCUUUAAUACGUCAACAGACAUGGAGAGUAGUGGUCCCAUCAGUCCUCUACACCUGGCAGCACAGGCUGGCCACUGUGAGUGCGUGAGCGUGCUGCUCGAGUCUGGAGUGCGUGUGGAUGUGUGCGAUUCGCUGGGAUGCUCUGUGCUCUACGUCGCCACCCAGAGGGGCCAUGCCCGCUGCGUGGAGCUCCUACUCAGCCAAUCAGCAUCCUGUAUACUCACUGAGCACUGCAGCAAAUGGAGUCCUCUCCACGUUGCAGCUGCCAACGGCCACACAGACUGUCUGCAGAUGCUGUUAUCCGGCGAUGAGGAAACUAACCUCCUCAAUAUCUCAGACACUGGGGGGCAGACCCCACUCAUGCUAGCCGCGCUGGGUGGACACACUGACUGCGUUCUCCUGCUGCUUGGCCGAGGGGCGUGUCCCGAUCAGGGAGACAGGAAAGGACAGACAGCCCUGCACAGAGCGGCGCUACUUGGCUGGGAGGACUGUGUAACAGCCCUGCUAUCCCACAGUGCCUCAGUCCUGAGGCAAGACGUCCAGGGACGUACUGCCCUCCACCUUGCCGCUUCCUGUGGUCAUGCUGAGAUGCUGUCCUCCCUGCUGUCUGCUGCUGACCACGAGCGCCCACAUCACCCAAUCACUGACCGCCACGGCUUCACACCUGCACACUGGGCAGCCUAUCAUGGUCAUGAAGACUGUUUGGAAGUUGUACUUGCACUUAAAUCAUGUAGUAUCCAGGAAGGAAACCCCUUCACCCCACUGCACUGUGCUCUAAUUAAUGGCCAUAGUGGUUGUGCAGAGAUGAUCCUGAACUCAAGUUUUGGCACACGACUGCUCAACACCACAGAUGCCAGAGGAAGGACCCCACUCCACGCCGCCUCCUUUGCCGAGGACGUCGGUGGCCUGCAGCUGCUCCUGCGGAUGGGAGCAGACGUUAACGCUGUGGAUCGCUUUGGACGCUCUGCGCUCAUGGUCGCAGCUGACCAGGGCCGCAGUGGUGCCGUGGCUCUGCUGCUCCACAGGGCCAAGGCAGAUCUGUCUCUCCUGGAUGUGAACAGGAACACUGCCCUACACCUGGCCUGCAGCAAGGCUCAUGAGAUGUGUGCCAUGCUGAUCUUGAAAGAGAUUCACAGCCCGAUUCUCAUCAAUGCAACCAACAGUAUGCUUCAAAUGCCUCUACACAUCGCGGCCAGGAACGGCCUGGCCAGCGUAGUGCAGGCUCUGCUGAGCCGCGGGGCCACAGUCCUGGCAGUGGACGAGGAUGGUCAUACCCCUGCCCUAGCAUGUGCACCGAACAAAGCCGUGGCUGACUGCCUCGCUCUCAUCCUCUCGACCAUGAAACCUUCUUCCUCCUCUUCCUCCCCGUCAUCUCCCAGCCUGAACCUGCUCAAACACUGCGGCAUCACGGCCGCCUGCCCCCCUUUGCCCAACGGUGGUCUUUGCCAUGGUUACGGCAAAGACUGCCACGCCACCACAUUCGGAUUGGAUGGCUGUCUGACCGAGUGAGAUGCUCAGAACACCCUUAAAAUGUACCCUAUACACAGGAUGACUGUUUUGUGUGCGUGUGUGUGUAUGCUCAGUUUAUUCUCUAGACACCUAGUCAAUACGAUAUGCAAUUCCACCUUCACAUCCCUUCUGUCUCCCUGUCCCCACAUUUAUCAGAGCUUUUCUUUACUGCUUAUUAGAGGAUACAAGGAAAGAACAGUUUUAUUUAUUUGUGUUUUAGUUAUUUGUUAGUUCUUGAUGAUGAUUUGUUUUAAGUCAAGAAUAUGAUAUUCUAAGCCAUGCAUUCCUCUAGAGUUUUUGUGAGUGCUAAGUAGUAAUUUGAACACAUUGAUGAUUUUAAGCUCAGAUUACUUGGCUAAGGUUAGUAUUAUAUAGCUGUGUGCGUUCUUGGUCACAGGGAUGAGUGUGUGGUUCUCAUCUCCUGCUUCCCAUGUGUUGAGCUGUGGCCUUGCAUAGGAAUACACAGCCUGCCCUGAGGGACAGUUUAAACGGGUUACUCAGAACUUGUAUGAAGGUGCAGGCCAUGUGUUAAAAUGUGUGUAUUUGUGUCCGACUACGUGUGUCUGUAGUGUGGGGGGCGGUGUAGUUAUUUUGGUGGAACUGAUUUUCAUCACAUACUUGAUUCUUGCUUUUUAAGCUUGUGCAUUUUAUGUCAGGUGCAAUUUAAUUCAGCACAAAUGUGGGGGGCGGGGGAAACACUUUGCUUUGACAAGGGAAAACCAUACAACCUUAAGCCAAACGACCAGUGGCCUCUGGGUCUGAAUGGUCUAAAACGGUGCAUGUUUACUGUAGGCAUUCUCGUAAGGAAGUAAUAAGCUGGGGACAUUGCAAUAGGUUUACACAGAACAUAUCUGUUACUUCAGAUCACAGUGAUGUCAGUGUGCACCAUCAGUCCUAGAUAUGACCGAUACAUGACACUGAAGAGCACGAGCCGGAAGCACAAGCGUUGGAGUGGACAUGGGCCUUCAUGAAAUGAAACUGCUGUGGAUGGCACGGGCUCCUUGGGACCACCCUCUGUUUCUCGGUUUGGGAGGAGAAGCUGCUAGUUUGAAUCUCCAUGUAGUGUUUUUUUUCCAGCUGAAGAUAUAUAAACCUUUUGUGUUGUUGAGCUGCUUUUGCAGUGCCUUUUGGGAGAUUUAGUUUGUUUUUGUUUUGAAGGUCCAGUCUGACUUUACACCACUCUCAGCUUCAGUGGGGCUUCCUUAACACACCAUUAACUUCGGCCAUAUAAAACGCUUUAUCAGCUUUUUGGUGUAACAUAGUAUAAUUUGGAGAACUUGUGUGUUUUUCUUAAUGAACUAACCAAUACUCAGAUAGGAAAUAACUUGUUUAACUGAGCAGCUUGUUUUGUCCCGUCGGGGACUGUGGCUUCACCAUCUACAUUUCAUACAUUUGCAAUUAACAGAAAACACAAACUGAAAAUCUUAAUUUGGGUGAUAUGGAGUAUCCAGCUGAUUUAACGUUUUACCCAUUUUGAAUUUCCAUUUGCUGAAGUAAUUUAUUGAUAUGACCAAAGUCUGGGAUGUCUUUAUAAUUUAAAUUUUUUCUUCAUUGGAAACAAGACUUUUCCUGUCUUUUGCUUGAUGAACAUACUUUAAAGCAAUGCUUAUCCUCCUUCUUUUUUUUUUUUUUUUUUACUAAAUGCUUCCUUAUUGCCAAAGGUAGAUUAAUUUUUCAGUGUAUCAAUGUGCUUCCUUUUCAUUUAGCAUCCAAGUCACAAACUUUCAGAAAAAGAUUAAGGCCAGAAAUAUCCAUUCCCACCUCAAAUUAUUGACAUGCAAUAUUUGCUCAAUUAGUAAUGAGACAAUCAUUUAAAAGGGCUUUUAAUUUAUUUUUAUUAUUGUUAUUAACAACUCCCUUUCCCCACUACAAUUAUUGAGACCACAAAUGACUGAGCAGACAUAAAUUAUACUAUCUUUGUAACCUGCCGUCUUAAUAACCCAAACUGUAAAUGAGUAUCACGGUGAAGCCAUAAAACCUUCUGGGCUCUUCCGUAAGGGAUUUCAUUUCCUAUGGAAUUUGGUAGUGUAGUUUUACUCCUUGAAACUUGGCACUUGAGACCAAGCCAGGCAUAGUGAGGUUGUGGUGGGUUUUUUUGUUUUCUUUUGGGGUUUUUUAGCUAUGUUUCAAAAACAAGCAUAGCCUUCAAUCUUUUUCUAUCUGUAAAAUAUAGAAUGAAUGGAAUUUUUGAAGAUGUUUGUUUGUGGUAGUACUUGAUCCUCUGUACACAGAACAUCUCAGCUAAGCACUUUUGUUUUUAGUUAUACAGGGGAAAGGCACUUUGCAUGCAGUAGUUCCCAAUGGCUUUGUGUGAAUGUGAUGUUCACAUGCAGGAUGUGAGGCUGUAGCUGCCAAGAUGUCACGUGCUGUGGGUCUAUUUAGAUUUCCACUUAUGAAAUAACUAUCCCUUCAGGAACAGGAGUAAGCUAACCAUAGUGAUUCCCAAAUUCUUCAGGAAUAGGUUUUAAGAAUUAAGGAAAAGAAGUCAAACAAAAUAACUUUGAACCAAAAAAAAAAAAAAAAACCCACGAGAUUUUGAGCAAGUCCAUCAUAAGUAAUUAAAGCAAAAUUGCACUGCCAUUUAUAUCAAUGACACAGAAACCCACAUGUGAAGGGAAAAAACGGAGUGGAUAUUCCCUUUUUAAAGAUUAGCUGAAAUCUGCUCCUUGCUGUUCUUUAUCGGGUCCUUAAAUGCAUUUUCCAGAACUGAAAAAUGAAUCAUUAGCCUGUAUGCCAGAUUCAGUCAGCAGCAAACCUGUGGCUGAAAUUGGCACAGGCUAAGUGUGUUCACACAGCAAAUCAUUUUUGUAGAACAUAGUGCUGGUGGUCGCUUGUCCAAAACUGUCGUGCCAUAGAACCUUUCAGCACGAGUUUCUCAGGCGAUGAAACAUGAAUUGUUUCUUAAGUAAUGUUUUGUGUGCUCAUUACCAUAGAGCCUGUUAGGAACCUGAGAUGAGCUACUGGGCUAUUGUUCAUAGUUUACUUAAAAAAAAUUAUCGAAUAAAAUGCAAUCAUGGCCAUUAUGGAAUUUACAUACAAUGUAGUUAUAAUUACGUUUGGGUUUUGCAACGGUGAGUGGGCUUUUUAAAAAACCAUUCUAAAGCAUGACCUAGCGUUGUAAAACCUUAAUGAUUAAAAUUUUCUUUGCACUUCUUAAGAGACUUAAUUUGUCAGCAAAUCCUGAAAGUCUGUCCUAAGGCCAGUAACUUAAUAAUUGGCAGUCUAUUUUUGUUGAGAAUUGAUGCAAUGCCUUAACUUUAACAAAAGGGGAUAUUUACGUAGAUAGAUUUUAAGUACCUCUUUGGCUUUGGUUUUCUUGUAAUGUGCUGGGUAACACGUAUGCUGGUAUUUUUGACCCAUAGUGUUUGAUGUAGAUCCACUUCAUCAAGGAAUUUGAUGUAAGGAUAAACUAUAGUGCCCAGUGAUCAAGCUACGAUGCAUGCAGUUAGAUGUAAACUGGAAAAAAACAACAAACAAACAAACAAAAAAAAAAACCAACAGCAUAAAACUAGGGGAAAAAAAAGUAAGCUAUUGCCUUCUAAAACUGUAUCCAAUUAGCAGAAAAGGAACUUGUAGCUAUGAGCAUGUCUUAAUGGUUUGUUUUGUCUGUCUGUGUCUAGUUGAUGCUCUCAAAGGUGGUGUUGACUGAUGGAUUUUCUAGUUUACCUCAGUGGACUUUAGUGUCCCAACUACUUGAAGACACAUCCAUUUAAGGCAAUAUAUAAAUAGCUAUUUGAUUUAUGCUAUGUCCUGUUUAUCUCUAGCUGUUUUGCCUUAAGAUGAAAUGGUAUAAUCAACAAGCAUUUGCAGCACUUGAGACAAUUUCAUACAUCUUGGGUCACUUUCUUCUGACCAUAAGAUUGUGUCAAGAAGCACACUCGUCUGUUGGGUUUUUGCAGAGGAAAAUGUCAUAGCAACAGAACUUGGGCAGAAUAGUUUAAUGGUGUUUGUCAGGUGAUUUUGGAAACGUCAUGUUGGUCUUUAUUUUAGCUUUAGUGUGUUGCUUUCUGUUGUCCCUUUUAGUUGACCAGAGUCAUCCCAGGCAGCCUGAGUGCAGGCUGGCUUCAAGCUGAUUGUGUUGUUUGUUUUUCUUUUACUGAGACUGUGGUUGCUCUGACUACAACAAAAGUGCACCAUUUUUAUUGUUUCAUUUAAAACCCAAUUUUGUUUGUCAGUGUAAAUACACCUUCAGAUGGGCUGAAUAUAGGAUGUGGUAGGGAAAGCUUUGUACCAAGCAUGGAAAUACUGAGAAGGCAAAUUCCAACUGGUAUGGAAUUGGCUGCCUGAAAACCAAACAAAUAUGCUUAAAGAACAAACGGCUGAUUACUUCAAACGUACUUUUAUUUCUUUCACACGUUUAAAUACUGCAUAGUUAUUGGUGGGUUAACUGGAAGGGAGCUGAUGUGUGCUCCCACUGAUUUGAGAACAGUGCUUUAAGUUACAUUUAUCUAUUGAUCUUACCUCAAAACUAGUGGUCUUUAAAAGUGACUGUGCUUGUGUUUCUGUGCUACACAUGUACAGUAGAUUCAGUUCAGAAGACGAGCUGCGUCUUUCUGUUGGAGAGGAGACAGUUUAUAGGGUGCUCUUUAUCUUAUCGAUGUCCUUUACCUUCACGAAGGGUGGAAUUCCAUCAGCACCACUAGCGCUUGCUUUAGCAUCAGCUCUUAUGUGGGAAUCACUGACAUGAGUGAGUGUUAAAUUGCUGCUUGAGUUUCCUUCUACGUGGCGGCCUGCAUGAUCGUUGCCCCAAGAGAUGCAGCCAGCGUGGCUGGACUGGAGUGGGCUAUACACGAGGCCAAUGGAGAUCCCUUUAAAGUCCAUCCUACCAUGUGUAAUGACAGCUAUGCAGGAAUAUUUUCUUUCAGACUUAGGAAUGUGUGUAGUGCCACCACAUCACCCAAGCACUUAUCAUUUGAUUUGUUUUAUUAUUCAUCCCCCAUCCCCCACCCAAUACCCGUCACAGCUAUUACACGUAAUCAUUGUUAGACCUGAAACUGACCAUACGAGCUUAUUAAGGAUUGGAUGACCAAGCAUCUCAGCUAGUCCAUAUUACUGCUGUAUGUGGCAUGCUGCUAUUAUUUUGAGUUUUUUGAGUAAGCAUCUUCACUGUCAAUUGAAACUACUACACCAUGUGGUUAAUAUGUGGGAUUGUGCCUUUUGUUAUUAAGUACAUGCCACAGGGUAUGGUCUUCCAUUGAAACCUUUAGUGAGCCUUACAAAUGAAAGAUUGGUGUAAAUGAACUCUCUGUUGAUGACGCCACUUGACUAGUUUUUAUGUGAGUAUUGUGUGGUGAAACAGUCAGGAGUCUCAAAGCAUGGACUUGAUUUGUGUCAUCACAAAGGAGUAAAUCUUUGUAAAUCUAUUUCAACAUGAACUUACUGUUGUGUGCUAGCUAGUGAUGCAUUCGAAUUAAGAACGGAAAACCUUUAAAAGUUGUGAAUUCAUUAGUGAAGUAGGUAAUCGUGUGCUGUGUUUUUGUUUUGGGUUUUUUUGUUUGUUCGUGUGUGGUUGAAACUGGUCGUAACCAUGUCUUGUAGAACGUCAGCAUGAAACGUCUGCUUUAUCUUGUGAUUAGCAUUGUAGUAUCCACCUGAGAUGGAUCAGAUUGAAGUGCAAUAACUUUUUUGUGCACCACAGCAUCAGUACUGGAGUAAAUUCUCAUAAAUUUACCACUUUCCCCAAGCAGGGUUUGGUUGUUGUUGUUUUUUUUAUUAUUGGGGGUGGGUGGGGAAGAUUUUCAAAACCCUCCAUAAAAGUGGCACUUUCUUGUGGAAUGUACAAAAGACUUGGUGGAGACUGUGAUCAAACCAUGUCAACACAUUUAGCUUUCUGGUAAGGUAAUGUAUUUGUGAUCAACUCUUGGGUGUAAUGGUACUUUUUUCUCCAAUUUACCUUGCCAUGUAACUUUUUUAUAUUAGGAUAAGUCAGCAUUUAUGGCUAACAAGCUUGACUUGGGACCAUGUAACAUAUUUGUGUGUGCAUGUUGGAACUUUUUAAUGAAUCAUUUCACACCAAAAAAAAUGCCUACGUUAAUUUGCCGAUUUUUGCCGAUUUGUGGUACAACUGAGAGUUGUUGAGUGUGGCCAGUAACUAGUGAAUUAUGUGUAUGUCCCCUUUGGUCUGUUGUGAAAUGAGUGUUCCAGCAGAUGAUUGGAGUUUGUGUCUGAUCAAGCAUGCCUUUGGAAACUGUGCAUUAAGUCUGUCCAUUAUAUGACCCAAGUAAUAGCACACAGAUGGAGUGCCGGGCAAAUUCACUAAAUACCUGUAAAGAACAGGCUUACCAUUUCUACCAAUUCCAAAUAUUUUCACUGAUGAGAUUUAAGCCAGUUCAUGCAACAUUUCCAUUGAAUUUGUGUGAAUGCACCAGGAAAAUUUAGUUCAGUAUUUGGUGACCAAGACUGAAGGACUUUCACAUGUUAUAAACCUAAUACCAAUAGAUUACUUUUUUUGUUUGUGCCUACUUUUAAGGUCCCUUGUUUUUGACCAUAAGCAAUUAAUAUUAGUGUUUUGACCUGUACCACAGCGAGCACACUGCUCUAUAAAAGAAAAAACAACAAAACGUAGCUUAGUGUUUUAUGGCAUGACCAAUCCAUGUCUGUGUAAAAGUGGCCAGUAACAUCUGGUAAUUUGAUUUCAUUCUAAAACAAGCAAUACAAUCAAGAGACAAUUGUAUAUUUUAAAAGAUUUGAUUGCUGGGUCACAUUGGCUCAUCUAUGUAUUCAAUGGCACCUUAAGUAAACACCCUCUCCUUGAUACUGAAACAUAUUCAUUUUGGAUUUCAGCACUGAGAGAGCCUUACUUCAGUCAGACUGAAUGUGAGUUUGAUGUGUACAGAACGUGGCUGUUUUGAAUGAACUGGCUAUAUUCUAGUGGAUCUUGUUGUCUCAUUUUCUAAUCUAGUUUUGCAAGGACCCAAAGUCGACGAGACUUCAGAAAGUUUGCUGUUACAAAAGAAAAAGCAAAAAUAUUAUGCUCUGGUGGUGUCAAGCAGCACCGUGUGUGUGUGUGUGUGUGUGUGUGUGUGUGUGUGUGUGUGUGUGUGUGUGUGUGUGUGUGUGUCCCCUAAUGUGUGGGAGAAUGGGGUCAUAUCAAACCUUGUAUACCUCAUUGACAUAUCUGCAAAUACUCUCGUUUUGUGUAAGUUCGAGUCGAUGCCAGCACUAGCACGCAUGUGCUCCAUAACUGGGGCCCCAGCACGGGCUGCAUCACCACUCGACGCCUGUAGAUCAGCCAAUAAGAUGACUUGUUUGCAUUAGACACAGGUCUGCCUCUGCUUAAAGCCUGACCCGAACCAGAGUUCAGUUCAUCCAUUAUUGACGUUCAUAAGAAGUAGUAGCAUUAUUCCUACCUCUGCGUGUUGCAGCUUAAUGUAUCAAAUACUUCACCUGUUGUGGUGACAUGGAAAUAUGUAUGUAUAUGGAACAGAUAUAUGUAUAACUUAUAAUCAACAAACGAUAAUAUUUAAAAACAAAAACAAGUGUGCUUGGCUGUGUCCUUAAGUGUAAUGUGAGAAUAUUAAGUGUAUAUACAGCAGAGUACCACUGGAAUGUGAAGCCAGACUGUAUUAGAAAAUGAUUCUUCUGUUCCUUUUUUGACACACUUUCUCCCCAUUAUAGUUCAGAUGAUAUCAUGCAUGUUGCAUUUUGCUCUCCUCAUACAUACAGUUUGUUUUUAAUGUUUGCUAAAACAGGGAAAACUAUCAACCUUUCCUUUUUUUAAUUGUACCUCAGACUCCGUUUACACCUCCCUGCCCUCUAUAUACAUUUCUUUGUUUGGUUUUUAACUUGCAUCUUUUGGCUUUCCCUCUCACUUCUCAAUGUUCACUGUGAGCCCUCUGAAUUCAAGUUUACAUCUCUGUGGUAUGUGUGUGAUGUUUGGUGAGUUUCUGGGAUUGUGCAAGUGGGUAAAUGACUUUGGUACCGAAGCAACAAUUCAAAUUUUCUUCUGGUGGUAGGGGCUUUGAAAGGGCAAAGGUCAGAGUUCUAUUAAUCAUUCUAUACUGAUGGGGUUUAUAUGAUCCCUAAGCCUUACACUGUUCCAAAAAACAUCAAUAUGAAAUCAGCAUUGUGUGUCUGCCUUUUGACCUUCUGUAGACACCCAUUAAUAGCUUGGACAUGGGCAACGUUGGUGGUUGCUUGCCUCAUUUGUCCUGGUGUCCAUGGUAACCCCUAGCCCCAAGGAAGGAACAUCGUCUGCCAAUCACUGCAGUCCUUACCUGUACCCACAAACCUCAAGCCAUUUCUCUGUGACAAUGCAAUCCUGACAGCACUUUGCCUUGUUAAUUCAUAGUAAAAAAGCUUGUAAAUGGUUAAUCGUUACCAACAGAUGUGAAAAAUCUGUACGUGUAUUUAAGUACAAAGGAACAUUGUUUUCAGUUUGGUAUUAUACAAACUCUGACAAAAGAAAAAAAGAAAACCCAUAUCUUUUACGUUUGCCAGUCUCAUUACAUGCUGCAGCCAGUAGGUCUCGUCAUUCAGUAUUGUGGCUUAGGAUUGGUUUAUGUUUGAAAUAAAGUGCUAUUGCUACAUAAA